GACAUGAAGAAAGUCGAAAGAAGGUUAUGCUGGGAACUCAGAAUCCUUCUUCCGAAGCUGCUGCACUUGCUGCCCGUGGCAACCACCCCUCAUCAAAUCACGGCAAACAGAAACAGGAGCGGCCAAAAUGUGAGUUCUAUCACAAACUGGGCCAUACCAAGGAUAAAUGCUGGGAUUUACAUGGAAAACCAGCAGAUAUGAAACCUUCAAACCGAAGGGAAAGUAGAGGGAAUGUGGCCAAUUCAAAGGAACAGAAUACCUCCCCUGAACCAGCACUUUUCAGAAAAGAACAAUUGGAGUUCCUGCAGCAGAUUUUUGGGCUCCCAAAGCAGUACAUCCUCCUCCAUCAUUGCAGUCGGCACAACAGCUCAUGAAGGUAAUAGCCUUCAAGCUUUCAGUGUUAAAAGCAGUCUUUCAAAUGUAUGGAUGGUAGACCAGAGCCUCAGAUCAUAUGACCGGAAAUUCAAGGCUAUUCUUUCAAAUCUGCCCUUGUGAAGAAAGAUGGACUGUUUGGAUUGCUGAUGGCACUCAAUCCCAAGUAGCUGGUGUGGGAACAGUGAAGUUAACUGAAACUUUUCAUCUACCAUCUGUUUUAUUUGUUCCUGAUUUGGACUGCAACUUACUAUCUGCCAGCAAAAUCUCUCAUGACUAUAACUGCAUCACUAAGUUUUCCAAAAAUCUGUGUGAAUUUCAGGAUUUGGAUAUGGGGAGGAUGAUUGGCAGUGUUAGGCAGUACUCGGGGUUAUACCUUCUUUCAAGCACUCACUCUCUACAUGGCCGAAAUCUGCACGUUGAACUUCGUGUCUACUCGAGGAGAGGACGUGCUCAAGAUCAGGAAGAACAUCGAUCACUGACCGAACCUGAACAACUGUCCAAUUUGGAUUCAAUGAAUCAAGGUAACACCAUUCUUGACAAUUCACUUAGUGAGGCACCUGAGAAUGAUCUGGAUUGGCCUAUUGCACUUAGGAAGAGAGUAAGAUCAUGUACAAUGCACCUUCUUCAUAAUUAAAUUUCAUAUAAGGGUCUAUCACCAAAAUUCCGAGCAUUUGUUACCAGUUUGGAUACAGUCCAAGUUCCCACCAAUAUCCAAGAGGCAUUGACAGAUCCCUCAUGGAAGGCAAUAGUUUUUGAUGAGAUACGUGCCUUAGAAAAGAACCAAACAUGGGAAAUAACUGAUAUGCCUUUAGGGAAAAUUUGGUUGGAUGCAAAUGGAUCUUCACUAUGAAAUAUGUCAACAAUCCGUGAUAUCAAUCAAUCCGUGCAAGAUUGGGAUUGACUGUCAACAUCAAUCCCAAGUUUCCUAUUCUACUGAUUGAUCCAGUUUCUUAUUCUAUUGAUUGAUUCCUUUCUCUAGGUUAGGAAUGUAUCUUAUGAAUAUUGUUGUAUCAUUCCAUUUUUUGAUUUGUAUCCUAAAUUGUAUAGUUUCCAAACUUAGAUUUAGAAACUUUCUUGUUUAGUUUUUAAGAACUUCCUAACUGAUUAGGAAGGUCUAUUAUUUAACAUGUAUCCCAUUGAUUUGAAUAAGAUUGAAGGAUUAUUUUUCACCUUUUUGACAUGGUAUUAGAGCCUGGACAAUAGUCCUCGUUUCUUUGGAACUAUUGUGGCCGUCUUCCGCCUUUAAUACUUUUUUUCUUCAAUCUUUCGGACAUCAUGUCCACUUCACAAAAUACCCAAGUUGAUGGGGUUGAUUUUAGUAUUACCAACACAACGGAAAUUCCGUUUGCUGGAAACAACGGUGGAGGCUCCAGAGGAGACUUACUGAGUCUUCAAGUGGCUUACCGAUUAAAUGGUAAGAACUACUUGAAGUGGUCCUAGUUAAUUCGAACAUUUCUUAAGGGAAAAAGGAAAUUAAGUCACCUAGAAGGGACCAGACCUAAAGAAGGAGAUCCGGCAUUUGCAACAUGGGAUGAAGAGGAUUCCUUAGUGAUGUCAUGGUUAUGGAAUUCCAUGAUCCUUGAAAUUAGUGACACGGUAAUGUUUCUAACAACAACCAAAGAAAUUUGGGAGGCAAUCAAGCUCACAUACUCCAAGGUUCGAGAUGCGGCUCAGAUCUAUGAAAUCUGGGAAAAGGUGGCAGCCACAAAAUAGGGGACCAGAUCUAUCACUGAGUAUGCAAAUUUAUUGCAAACUUUGUGGCAAGAGUUGGAUCAUUACCGGUGUCUUAAAAUGAAGUGUGGUGAAGAUGCAGCCUUACACAAGAAGUUUGUGGAGAAAGAGCAGACAUAUGAUCUCCUAGCUAGCCUAAACAUGGAGUUUGAUGCGGUAAGGGUGCAAAUCCUUGGUAAGGAGGAUGUGCCCAUAGUUGUUAAAGGCACGCCUAGGCACUCGCUUGGGCUGAGGCGAGGCACGCCUCAUGAAACCUAGGUUUUAAUUAAAAUCUAGGCAGCCCAAUUCCUCCCCUCUUCUCAGUUUCAACAUGUAUACAUUACAACAUAUUUACAUUUUUUUAGUUUAAGUAAAUGUUCACAUUUUCUUUGAUUUAUAUUUUACCUUCUAUUUACUUUAAUAAAUAAAUAUAAAUAAGAAAGUACCCCCUAUUUGGAUUCAAUAAAAAUAUCUAAAAAAUCAAAAUCCAUAAGAAUAAGAAAAUAGAAUUUUGAUUUUAGUACAAACUCAUGAUUUAGCGAUUUUACCACUCUCAAAAUACAUAUCUACUAUUUCUUGAAAAAUUCAUUAAAAAUCAUUUUAACAACAAUGAAUAUUAGCUAUCAAAAUACCGAGAGACAAUUUUUCAAAAUGAAAAUAUUUUCUUAUAUGUCUCCUUAUAAUGCGCUAAUCUUUCAGACUUAGAAAAAUAACAUUUUUCAAAAUGAAAAUAUUUU